AUGUCCAACGAAGUCGUCCAGGGCUUCAGCGUCCUCAACCGCUGCCUCCUCUACACGAGCCUCGUCCUGUCCCCCGCCCACUUCCUCUCGGGAUGGAGCAGCCACGGCACGACCAACCUGGGCUUCCUCGCCUACAACUGGUACAACCAGUUCGUCUGGUACAGCGCCAUCCAGGACCGGCAGCUCCGCGCGCUCUCGCUGCUGCCCGUCCACUUCAACAUGAUCUACGCCUUCACCUACCUUGGCGGCACGGCCGCGGGCAAUCUCCCCGCGGGCGUGCUGCUGUCUCUCGGCUCUGCGGGAGUCAUGGUCUUCAACACCGUCGCCGCGUGGAUCGCGUGGAAGGACUGCCAGCCGGCCGGCUUCGGGGAGUAUGAGUUCUUCUUCUUUGGGUGGCGGACGCUGUCGCCGGGCUGGCACAAGUUCACGCUCGUGUGGCAGAUUUUUGACACCCUGCUCAUCUGUAGCUGUGUCAUCCUCGCCUUCAAGAUCCCACUCUACAUGCAGUACAUCCGGGACGACCACAGCGAGCACAGACCCAACUCCCUGCGCGCCGGCCUCAAGGCCAUCUCCAACUACAAGUAUCUCGCCAUCCCGUGCAGUGUGCUCAUGCUCGUCUUCGUCUGGCCGCUCAUCCUCUGGGUCGAGCUGCUCAUUCGUCGCAACCAUGUUACGUCUCCGACGGACUGGGUCUCGGUGUGGCUCUUCGUGGCGCAGGUUGGGUUGCUGGUGAUACCGAGUUUUGGGGGCUAUCUCCUACACGAGCCCUUGGGCUUUCUGCAUCGCGAGUAG